UUUUUGUUUUGAUAAAUACUGAAAUAUUUUUUAUGUUUGAUCUUUUCGUUAACAGCAUCUUUGUAAUUUUUUGGAAACCUGAACAAUGUUCAUGGCUAAUUAAUCAAAAAAUCAUCCUAUCAUUUUUCAGGCGCUUCUCGACUUUGGGCGUGAACCUCCAGCUUUCUGUAAUCCAAACUUCUUUUACACUUUUUUACACAAUAUUUAAAUCUAUUAAUUCGGUUUUAUUAAUUCUUAAUUUUAACAGUCAAACAGACACUUAUAUAAAUAUGAUCGAUUUAUUUUUUGGAUGCUGA